AGCUGUUGUUUGUCAUUCACACGUGUGUUUAGUACAAACUAAAGCAAAACAAAUUUCGAUUCAAAUCAUUUUUGUUACGGUUUGAAAAAGUUUGAAAAAAUGAAGACCAGCCACCGUAGCUCCGAAUCUGAUUCAUCAUCUGACGAUGAGAAUCUGCAACUUCUUCGUGAAGCAGCUGACACAUCUCUUAUUAGCGAUAGUAUGUUCAAAUUAGCUGGCAAAAGAUCGGAAGAAAGUUCAAGUUCAAAACCCCCAGCCGCCCUGAAAUCCCAAAGACAAAUAACCGAUGCCAAUGAACACAUUGACGACUUGCUUGUACCAGAGGAGAUGCGAAAAUUUGUCAGCAAAAAAUUAGCGAAGAUAAUCGAGAACAGCGUGGAAUUUGUGUACGUUAGUGAGACUGAAGAAUCGCCGAGCCGAGCCGAUGACACAGUGGAAGAAAUAAAACUUUUGGACAAUGUUGUUCUGAAUAUCGAUUGGGCUGGUGAAACUGCAGAAUGUAAUAAAAGGAAGAAGCAGGACAUUAGGAAACGAAAAUUGCCUGAUGUUGAUGAUUCUAAGACAGAGUCUGUAAGAAUCUCCGAAGCAGUCGUUGAUCUCGAAGAUCUUUCGAUGGAAGUCAGUAAUUGGCAGACCCGACCCAAAGGCACAGUGUUCGAGUAUCAUGAGAAAAAUGGCAAGCUAUUCGAAGUGGAACCAGAAACUGAAUUCUCGGAGAAACGGAAAAGAAACAACUGGAACGAAAGCCGAAUAUCGAUGAGAAAUACAAAUCGGUCACAGUAAGAA